CGAAUCUUACUUCCAUCAUUAACCUGAUCGACUUCUGAACUGGUACCAGGUCUAACAUAUCUCAUAUGCCGAUUCUGUGUACCUAAGACGGCACAGUUGUCGAGGACGAUGUUGUUGCAACGAAGAUGCAAGCCGGCAGGACGCUUCGGAGAGAUGACAGCAGGAUAGUCAUUCAUUUCGACUAUGACUGCUUCUAUGCUUCCGUCGUCGAAAACGAGAAUCCAGCCUUGAAGUUCGUACCCUUGGCCAUUCAACAGAAACAGAUUGUGGUGACCUGCAACUAUGAAGCGCGUCGCCGUGGCCUUCGUAAGUUGCAAUUGAUUACUGAGGCAAAGAAAGUGUGUCCAGAAGCCGUCAUUGUGCUGGGCGAGGACUUGACCAGGUUUCGAAAUGCAUCAAAGGAACUCUACGGCUUUCUGCAGCAGAGCAUAUGGAGUGGAAGAGCCGAGAGACUAGGCUUCGACGAGGUUUGGCUAGACUGCACAGACAUGAUUGACUAUAACAUGGACCUCCUUAAUCAGAAUGACCUUGGCCAUUCCUUCUUUUGCCUGAGCAGGACUGAUCCUACCGCUGGUUUCCACUACGACGCAUCCAAUGUUUUCGGACCAACCUACCCGCCUACUCUUGUGCCCUUAGCAGAAUUGAAUGAGCAAGAGCAGCUCUUGCACCUUCGCCUGCGACUUGCAUCGCAUCUUGGAAGACAUAUUCGCCAUGAGCUUGAAGCGCAGAAGGGCUAUACAGCGACUGUGGGCAUCGCAACCAAUAAGACAUUGUCCAAGCUAGUGGGUAACGUCCACAAGCCGAAGAACCAGACAACACUUAUGCCGCCGUUGGGCCCGAUAGCUGCGGCCACAAGCAGCAUUACACUAUUCCUUGAUGCCCACGACGUUGGGAAAGUCCCCGGGAUUGGGUUCAAGCUAGCACAAAAGAUCAGAGCCCAAGUUCUUGGAAGAGAGGCGCAGAUAAAUACAGGUCUCGUCUACGGGGGUACAAAGGAGUCAGUAAGAGUAUUCGAUGUUCGUUCUCAUCCAGGCAUGGGCCCGGAAAUGCUCGAAGACAUCCUCGGCGGUCCUGGCUCUCCCAAAGGCAUCGGCGGAAAGGUAUGGGAGUUGCUCCACGGCAUCGACCACAGUAAGGUUGGCAAGGUCAAGCGGAUCCCGUCACAAAUCAGUCAGGAGGACUCGUACAUGAAAUAUCUGUACACAUUUGACCAGGUCAAGAAGCAACUGCAUCUCCUGGGUGAUCGUUUGAUUCGCCGAAUGCAUUUAGACCUCCUCGAGGACGACGAGAGUGACGACAAGGUCCGGCGAUGGUUAGCCCACCCCCGAACGUUACGUCUGUCGACAAGACCUCGACCACCACCUGGCCCAGAUGGCGUCCGAGCCAGGACAUCUCAUCGAAUAUCUCGGUCCGCACCAAUGCCUAAUUUUGUCUUCAACCUAUCUGAAUCUUCGUCUGUGUUAGCAGAGCGGCUUGUUGAAGAGGCAUUGGUGCCGAUGUUUCGCAAGCUUCACCACGAAGCAAGCGGGUGGAAUCUCAGCCUGAUCAAUGUUGCAGCUACGAACAUGUUGGAGACAGCGGCUGAGAGCAAGGACAGCGAGGGCCGAGAUAUUGGUAGGAUGUUCCGGACUCAAGAGGCUGUACUCAAAGAUUUCAGGGUUAUCAGUGACUCGCAUGAUGGACAGGAGAAUGGUGGCCCCAUAACUGAUCCUUCUGGUGCCGACUCUCCCGACCCUUCGGUCUUUGAGUCAAUUCCUGUAGUGGCUGGAGGAUGGGAUUCGGACGAUGGUGACGGCCAGAAAGUGGAAAGAUGCCCUCUGUGCCAGAACAGCAUUCCUUCAUUUGCGCUAGCUGCUCAUCUGCAGUAUCACGAGAUGAGCGGUUGACCGCUGAGGUGUGGGAACCUGUCCUCGCUGGUUAUCUAUAGGAACGCUUCCAAUGUAGAUAGCAUGCUAGUGAAAAGUCAUUGAUUA